CAAUCACUUUCAUACACACUUUCCACUCAAUUCCUAUCCCACAAUCAUCACAAUUCACAACUAAACAAACAAUAUAACUAAAACCACCUUAAACACUACCAAAAAUCCUCACAUUAUCCACCAUCAUGAAAGCUUUUGUUACAAAUACUUUUGCAACCAAAAAUCACUCAAAUGGAAAAAGAUUCAUCAUCUCAUGUUUCUUCUUCAUAAUAUUUCUAUGUACCUUAGCUUCAAUCAAUGAAAUAAGAUUUGAUAAUUUACUAAAUCUAAUUAAAUCUCCUUCCAUUGCUCCUACUUCAUCUUUAGCCACCCUUCCUCUUACGUUAAGAACAAUUAAAUCAUCAUCUAAUACGUCCGAUGACGAGAUUCGAAUACUCGUUGGGAUCCUAACAUUGCCAGAUCAAUACAACAAGCGACAUUUCCUAAGGAUGAUCUACGGAACACAAUCCUCGGAAGGUGCGCGAGUAGAUUUAAGGUUUGUGUUUUGUAACCUUACAAAAGAAGACCAAAAAGUACUUGUUGCCCUAGAAAUAAUGCAAUAUAACGAUAUUAUAAUCCUCAACUGUAAGGAAAAUAUGAAUAAGGGUAAAACAUAUACUUAUUUUUCAAGUCUACCCGAAUUAUUUAAGGACAAUGAAGGUCCGUAUCCACCUUACCAUUAUGUCCUAAAAGCCGAUGACGACACUUAUUUUAGGGUACCCAAUUUGGUAAAGUCCUUAAGGACGUUACCUAGGGAGGACUUAUAUUAUGGGUAUGUUAUCCCAUGUCCAAGUAUGGACCCAUUUGUUAAAUACAUGUCGGGUAUGGGGUACUUGGUUUCUUGGGAUAUAGUUGAAUGGAUUAGAGAAUCGGAUAUUCCUAAGGCCCGUUUGGAUGGUCCGGAAGAUAAGGUGUUUGGGGAUUGGAUGAGAAAUGGGCAUAGAGGGAAGAAUCGGUUUAAUGCGAAAUGGUCAAUGUAUAAUUAUCCCGAGCCCCAAACGGGGUGUACCCAUGAAUUAUGGCCAGAUACUAUUGCAGUUCAUUUGUUGAAGACUCAAGAAAAAUGGAUCAAAACGUUACGGUAUUUUAAUGUUACUGAUGCUAUUAAGCCGUCUAAAUUGUACCAUAUACCUUAAGGUGAAUUUUUUUAAAAUAAUUUUUGGUUUAUGGAAAUGUUAAUGUAACAAUAUUUUGGGGGAUCGGAUAUAUAGUAAUUAUAAGUUAAAAUAAUUU